UAGGAAGAGAGCAUUUGUUCUACUGACUGCGCGACGAAGGCUUACCAAGAUGUUGUUCACUGUCGCAUCACUGCUCGUGCUACUUCACGGAGGGUUCUGUGAUCACUCGUCGGAAAACUACCUUGCCGACGACCUGCUGAGGUUCGUUGCGUGCGACGCGUUGCCUCUGCGAGACGUCGGUUUUGAGGUGGGCGUCGGGAACGACACCGUGCUCGAGUCGUUCCCGUUCGAGAUGGUCAACGGCACGGCCUGGCGGUUCCGUCGCCGCGUUCAACGCCUGGGCGACUGUCAAAGCACGCUGUCUGCUGGCGGAACGCUGCGCAUAAUGUGCCCGUUGUCAUUCGCCGGACUGAUGGCGAAGUACGACGUGGAAUCCACUUCUAUCCCUCGUGAGCGCAGCCGUGAGCUGCAGUUUUUCGUACGCGAGGGUCACGGAAAUAUGGAGAUUGCAGCAACCCCGGGGAGGCCGACGCAGCUUACGUCACUCCGCCUCUUCUCUCUCAAGAUGGAGAUGAGAGAAAUGAACCGGCUCCUGGUUAAUCCCGACGUCGACGCAAUUUUCGAGCUCAAGGCGUGUAAGAAUGUGGAAAGAAUGCUGUGGGAGGUCCUGGAAAUCUCGUACGCCACCCUGAUAAGGGAAAUGCUUCAAAGUUUACGACCCCACUUGCCUACAAGCAUGUAGGCUAGUAUGUUCAUCUCGUAUAAAUUCUGCAUUGAACGAGUGGAAA